GUGGAUGAUUUCGUUUACAUACUUCUACCUUCCUACUGCUAUCAUCGACGUAAUAAUUUUAUAUAAGUUUAUGGGAUUGUAAAUACCUUUAAAUAUUAGGGAAUAAUUACGUUUGAUGUGAUUUUGUGAAGUGAUUUAUCGGUGUAUAAAGAGGAUCUUUAUUAUCUAAACAAACAGAGAAUUGGACAAAAGCAUUUUGGUGUACUUCAAAUUGGGAGUGUUAUUCUAUGAAUAUUAUUGUUUUAAAUUUCUUGGAACUAGAUGAAUAAUAACCAUACAUCGUGAAAAGCAGUGUUCGAAAAUAUUUAUACUAGUUGGAUUGUAUAACCUUGAGAUUUACUAUAUAGCUAUUUGAAUAUACAACUCUAUAGUACCAGCGAUGUGGGUGACUUAGACAUGUCAGCGGCACCCGAGACGCUGUCCGUGGCGUCGGCGUCGAGCACGCGGACGCCCGCAUCGGCGACGGGCGUGCCCGCAUCGGCACCCGCCCCGCCGCGGAAUACGCGCAACAAGCACAUCGUGCACUGGUUCCGCAAGGGUCUGCGCCUUCACGACAACCCUGCGCUUCGAGAAGCUCUUAAAGAUGCUAUCUCCUUCCGCUGCGUCUUCAUCAUAGACCCUUGGUUCGCCAGCUCUUCUAAUGUUGGCAUCAACAAAUGGAGGUUCCUUCUACAAUGUCUGGAGGACUUGGACUGUAGCUUGAAAAAACUGAACUCUCGACUGUUCGUGGUGCGUGGUCAGCCGGCGGACGCGCUACCUAAGUUGUUUCGCGACUGGGGCACCACCACCCUUUCAUUCGAAGAGGACCCAGAGCCCUAUGGCCGAGUGCGCGACCACAACAUCAUGACCAAAUGUCGCGAAGUCGGCAUCAAUGUUGUCUCGCAAGUUUCACACACGUUAUACAAACUGGAUAAAAUAAUUGAGCUGAACGGUGGAAAGGCGCCCUUGACGUAUCAUCAGUUCCAAGCGUUGAUCGCGAGCAUGCCGCCGCCACCGCAGGCCGAGGCCACGAUAUCAGUGCAGACGCUCAGCGGUGCCGUCACACCGCUCUCCGAUGACCACGAGGAGCGCUUUGGAGUCCCGACUUUGGAAGAACUAGGAUUCGAUACAGAGGGUCUAAAGCCACCAGUUUGGAUAGGUGGAGAGAGUGAAGCUCUAGCUAGACUAGAGAGGCAUCUUGAGAGGAAAGCAUGGGUGGCAUCAUUCGGUCGUCCAAAAAUGACACCGCAGUCUCUACUGGCGAGCCAAACCGGCUUGUCUCCAUAUUUGAGAUUUGGAUGUUUAUCAACAAGACUGUUUUAUUACCAAUUGACGGAAUUAUACAAGAGAGUGAAGGGAGUGCGUCCACCAUUGUCGCUACAUGGGCAAAUAUUAUGGCGAGAAUUUUUCUACUGCGCAGCCACUCGCAAUCCAAACUUUGAUCGUAUGGAAGGAAAUCCUAUUUGCGUUCAAAUUCCUUGGGAAAAGAAUCAAGAUGCUCUUGCGAAAUGGGCAAAUGGUCAAACAGGGUUCCCGUGGAUAGAUGCCAUAAUGAUCCAGUUGAGAGAAGAAGGUUGGAUCCACCACUUGGCGCGGCAUGCUGUCGCGUGCUUCCUCACCAGAGGAGAUCUGUGGAUCUCAUGGGAAGAAGGCAUGAAGGUAUUCGACGAGCUGCUUUUGGAUGCGGACUGGUCAGUGAACGCCGGCAUGUGGAUGUGGCUCUCGUGCUCCUCAUUCUUCCAACAGUUCUUCCACUGCUACUGCCCCGUCCGCUUCGGCAGGAAGACUGACCCCAACGGCGAUUUUAUAAGGAGAUACAUUCCCGCUCUGAAGAACAUGCCAACGCGUUAUAUCCACGAGCCAUGGAUGGCCCCGGAGGCGGUGCAGAUCUCGGCGCGGUGUAUGAUUGGACGUGACUACCCGCUGCCCAUGGUCGACCACGCUGAAGCCUCAAAUAUAAACAUCGAGCGCAUCAAACAGGUGUACGCGCUGCUUGCCAAGUACAAACCCCAAGGUACCUUGAACCCCAACCCUGUUCAGAGACCUAAUAUGAUGCAGUCAUCGCCAAGCCCGACGUCUAUCAUCACAAGCAUCAAUCAGUCCAACUACUUGUGCAGUCAGACCCCGGAGCCGCAAUGUCCGCAAUCGUCAUCGACUCCGCAGAAUGCUUCCUACAAAGACAACUCUGCCGUUUUCCAACACCCUAAAAACCAAAUUGAUUCUAACAAACAACCCCAAUUUAAACAAGUUUAUAUUGUACAGAAAACAGAGAACUCCAGCACGAAUACUGACGACAUAUCAGAGAGCACUUUACAACAUCCUCAAAAACGAGAAAAUUUAAACACAAGUUCAUACAAAAAUCAAAGAAUCAACAUGAAAGAUAAUGACGAAAAGUAUAUUUAUAAGAAUUAUACAAACAAUUACAUUCAGAAUUAUUCUAAUGCACAAGAAAUGUACCAAAAUCAACAGCUAAGUACAAAUGAAAUUGUAUAUACUCGACAAGAACUGAAAGUUAACGCUUAUAAUGAAGGAAAACUGAAAUUUUAUAUGGCUGCAAUCUCAGAGAAUGGAAUACGAAUGCAAAGCACAUAUGUACAAAAUGACAUGCGCCAAGAGUAUAAUCCAGUGCCUCUCCAUCAUACCUACAACAAGAGCAGUGCAGAACCUACAAAGACAAAGGAGGAUACCACACAAAUGCAAACUGAUAAGCCUUUCUCACAAGGAACCGAAAAUCAAACUUCUUCAAAAGAGUGCAGAUUUAAGAAAGAUAAUAAUAGCGAAUAGUAUAUAAUAACAGUACCUACUGUUAUUGAAAAUAACUGAACAGUUAUUUAUAAGAUUAUUUUGGUAAUAAAUGUUAAUAGAUAAUGGCCAAAUGAAUUUUAUUUGGUAUAAAUUAAACUUAAAGAUUCCCGCAGACAUGUUUAUACUUUUAUAGUAAUAACUACAUAUUUAGUGCUUACAUUAAAUAUUUAAUGAUGCUACUGUCUUCAUAUGCUGCUGAAGUGCUUUCUUUGCCUUUCUAGAUUUUUCUGUAGGUUUUGUAUUUGUCACUUGAUGUUUACUUCUGUUUAAUUCUUUAUGUAUAGUAUUCAUGAUUGAUACCUGAUUAAAAAAUAACAUAGAAUAAAUAACAAGAAGUUGGAAAUAACCUGGUCGUCAAGAUUAAAAAUAAUUUGUUUUAAGUAAAUACUCACAUUUUCCGGAAUAUGUACAUAUCUUAUAUUUCGACUCUGUACAAACAGUUGUUCAAAUAGGUAUUCAUUUCCUUGAGGAUCACAAUAUACAGCAUUUGCAAAGGUAAUGUUCAUAUAGCUGUAAAUUAUAAAAACAUAUAUUUUUUUUAAUUGCUUUCAAAAUGAAAAAAUGGUAUUGUGGUCCACUUACCCAUCCACCGACUCUACAUGUCCACAAACAUAAGAAUCAUUUCUCAGAUCUACUGUAAUGUUAUGCUCUUGUAAAGAUUUAACUAAACACAACAAGGUGUUAUGAUAAAAAAACUUUUCUUUUGAUGUUCCAACAAACAUGUUUUGAUUUUUAUAAAUCUGAAAUUAAAGGAAAUAAUAAUACAA